AUGGACGAUCCCACAAUUUACGAUGAUGAGCUUGUCGACGAGGAAACAACCGAUGUUUAUCGUGUUACGAAGCGCAACAAUAUCCUCGCGAUUCAUGGAAAUAAGGAGACGAUGAAUCUAAACACAUUGGUCCUGGAGAAUGUUAUUCAAAGUCAGUACAACAGAAACGUCCUCGUCGAGUAUGUCAACUAUCAACAAGUUUGCGAUGAAGCUUUUUACAAUGUUCGUCAUCUCGAGCCUUGGGAGAGAGGAACAAGGAAAACUCAAGGAAUGACUGGAAUGUGUGGUGGAGUACGUGGAGUUGGUGCUGGCGGGGUUGUUUCAUCGGCUUUCUGCUGCUUGUACAAGUUCCACACGCUCAAGAUGACAAGGCGACAACUCAUCGCCCUGAUUGACAAUCGUCAAUCAUCAUAUUUGAGGGGACUCGGCUUUUUGUACGUUCGAUUCACACAGGCACCCGCUGAUUUGUGGAGCUGGUUCGAGCCCUAUUUUGAAGAUGAAGAAGAAAUUGAUCCUCGAUCUGGUGGUGGAGACAAAAUGACUUUUGGAAACAUGGUUCGUUUGAUGCUCACAAAGCUUGACUGGUAUUCGACGCUAUUUCCUCGAAUCCCUGUUCCGAUUCAAAAACAAAUUGAUGAAAACUUUGCGAAGAAACGUCAAUCUACAUUAAAUGAUAUGGAACGGCAAAGGGAAAGGGAACGCGAAAGAGAUAGGGCCCGCGACGAUCGGGAUCAAUUGAAGCGACCAAGAGAUGACGAGAAGAAAAAGGAGGAAGUACCUGUUAAGAAAGUCAAAACUCGAUGCCAUCACCAUCUGCGUCACCACCAUUGUCGCAAGCAUCGCAAAGAGUGUCCAAAGAAAGCUAAAGAGGAGCGUGCUAAGAAAGAUGAAGCCAUUAAGGAAGCAGCUCAACAACGGGAAGAGGAACAGAAAAAUGGUACUUUGGCUGAUGUGCACAUGGGCGUUGCU